GGAAGGGGCUGAGCUGCGAGCUAUAAAGGGGGCAUCGCUCAGCACCAGGCAGCCUGCGCUGAGCUCGACAGGACCAUGUAUCACCCACGAGAGUUGUACCCUGCUUUGGGGACGGGCUACCGCCUGGGCCCCCCACAGUCAGCUGCAGAAUCCGGCUUCCCACCCACCCUGGCAGAGGGCUACCGCUACCCAGAUCUGGAUCCCCCCAAACUGGAUUGCUUCCUCUCCGGGAUCGAGGUGGCUCCCCGUGCCCUGGCUGCGCCCCCACCUCUGCCCUCUCUGCCCCCAGCCCUGGGCACUGAGCAGGGCCACCCCACCCCGGAGGCCUUGCACUCGCUCCCUGGAGUCAGCCUGAGCCUGGAGAACCGGGAGCUGUGGAAAGAGUUCAGCUCCGUGGGGACCGAGAUGAUCAUUACCAAAGCUGGCAGGCGUAUGUUCCCUGCCUGCCGAGUCUCCGUCACGGGCCUGGACCCCGAGGCCCGCUACCUGUUUCUCCUGGACGUGCUCCCGGUGGAUGGGGCCCGCUACCGCUGGCAGGGCCGGCGCUGGGAGCCCAGUGGCAAGGCCGAGCCCCGCUUGCCUGACCGUGUCUACAUUCACCCCGACUCUCCUGCCACGGGGGCCCACUGGAUGCGGCAGCCCGUGUCCUUCCAUCGAGUCAAACUCACCAAUAGCACGCUGGACCCGCAUGGCCAUCUGAUCCUACACUCCAUGCACAAGUACCAGCCCCGGAUACACCUGGUGCGGGCCGCCCAGCUCUGCAGCCAGCACUGGGGGGGCGUGGCCUCAUUCCGCUUCCCUGAGACCACGUUCAUCUCUGUGACUGCCUAUCAGAACCCACGGAUCACACAGCUGAAGAUUGCUGCCAACCCCUUUGCCAAGGGCUUCCGGGAAAAUGGCAGAAACUGUAAGAGGGAGCGAGAUGCCCGUGUGAAGAGGAAACUGCGGGCUGCAGAGCCGAUAGCCACAGAGGCCUAUGGGAGUGGAGAUGCACCAGGUGGGCCGUGCGACUCCACCCUGGGCGACGUCCGGGAGGCAGAGGUGGAGCAGGCCCCAGCGUCCUGCGGGGGCGCCAGCGCCGAGGCCUACCUCCUGCACCCCGCAGCCUUCCACGGCGCCCCGGGGCACCUUCCCAGCAGGACCCCCAACUUCCCUGAGGCUCCAGAUUCGGGGCGCCCAGCCCCCUACUCAACUGCCUUCCUGGAGCUGCAGCCUGGGCCGGGGGGCUCAGGAUACCCGGCGGCUGCACCCCCGGCCCCCUUUGCGUCACAUUUCCUCCAAGGGGGUCCCUUCCCCCUACCCUACCCUGGUCCUGGGGGUUACUUGGAUGUGGGUACCAAACCAAUGUACUGAGCUAUUGUUGGGGGGUGGGGGGCUCUGUCUUCCUUCUACCACUAACCUCUAGUUCCCUUCCCUGGGGCCUGUUGCCCCCACUUCUCCUCGCCCCAUCCCCCACGCCAAAUGGCUGCCUUGAGCCUCCCCCACCCCUACUUCACACUUUGAUUUUACUCCCACCCCCCUCUGGCUUCAAAGCUCAGCCUAAUCUGCU